AUGUCGAACGAUAGGAAGCAGUCGGGAUUGGCUCGUGUUUUUGGAUCUGCGUCUGCAGCUGUACUAGAGCUAGCUGUUUUUCACCCAGUUGACACUAUUUCGAAAAGAUUAAUGUCUAAUCAAACAAAAGUGACUUCAGCAGCCCACCUAAAUGAAGUUAUUUUCCGUGAAAAUGCUUCUCAACCACUUUUUAAGCGUAUUUUUACUCUAUUCCCUGGUUUGGGGUAUGCUGCCUCUUACAAAGUGCUACAAAGGGUGUAUAAAUACGGUGGUCAACCUUUCGCGAACGAAUUCUUGGACAAAAACUUCCGCUCUGACUUCAAUAAUGCUUUCGGCGAUAAAACUGGUAAGGCAUUAAGAUCUGCUACUGCUGGUUCUUUGAUUGGCAUUGGUGAAAUUGUGCUCUUGCCUUUGGAUAUAUUGAAGAUUAAAAGACAAACUAACCCUGAUGCUUUCAAAGGAAGAGGUUUUAUUAAGAUAUUGAAGGACGAAGGUUUAGGUUUGUACAAGGGGUGGGGUUGGACCGCCGCAAGAAAUGCUCCGGGAUCCUUUGCAUUGUUCGGUGGUAACGCUUUCGCCAAGGAGUACAUUUUGGGUCUAAAGGACUAUUCCAAAGCUACUUGGAACGAGAACUUCAUUUCCUCUAUUUUUGGUGCAUCAGCUUCCUUAAUUGUAUCUGCACCACUUGAUGUGAUAAAGACUAGAAUCCAAAACAAGAGUUUUGAAAGUUCAGAAACUGGCUUUACUAUUGUUAAGAACACAUUGAAGAAUGAGGGUAUUAGCGCUUUCUUCAAGGGGUUGACUCCCAAGUUGCUAACAACUGGUCCAAAGUUGGUGUUUUCCUUUGCAAUUGCUCAAACGUUGAUUCCAGUGUUUGACAACCUCUUCAGCAAAUAA